AUGGAAUUUUCUGCAAUUUCAGCCAAAGGAACGGCCCCAGGCAAACGUGCAUUUCAUUCUUGUUCUGUUGUAGGAGAUGUUUUGUAUAUUUUUGGAGGAAUCGCAGAAGACAGAACGGUUUUUAGCGACAUGUUCAGAUAUGAUAUAUCCUCUAAUUCCUGGACUCAGGUUGAAAAUCGGGUGCCAAGUGGCUCGCAAAGUAGAGCUCUUGUUUCCUCAGGAUUUCCUAGAGGCAGGCUUUGCACUGCUCCGAGUGUGAGCCACCACACGGCGACUGUAGUAAGAGAUCGUUUUAUUUUAAUAAUCGGCGGUUGGAAUGGGCGUAAAAGAUGUGCUGAUGUGUAUUGUUUUGACACUGUUGAACAAUUUUGGCGACAAAUUCCUGUAUCAGGAGACGUUCCAGUCGGUUUGAGCUCUCACACUGCAACGUUAAUCUCACAUAAAGACAUCCUUAUCAUCGGACGGGAAGGUGGUGUGCGCACACAAAGACGCUUUGCUGGUGCAUUUUAUUUAAACUAUGAAACAGGAAAAUAUACAGAGGCAGCUUUCCAUGUUUCCUCUCGUUCGGGACACACUGCUAAUUUGAUUCCUAUCAGAGCAAGUAAAGAGACUCACCUUUUUGUCUUCGGAGGCCGAAAUAGUGGAGGAUAUGAAUUAAUCGGUUCUUGGGACAAAAUCGAACACAUCGAAUCUUCUCUUCCCAAGCAAAGGAUUAUUACUUUGAUUGAAAAAUCAACUGUUUGUGACGAACCCAGUGGUAGACAGCACGCUAGGGCAGUUGAAAUUGACAGAAAACAUUUGCUGAUUUUCGGUGGAGAGACAUGGAGUGGAGUUCGGGAAAAUGUUACAAAUGAUGCGUUCAUUUUGGACACUGAUAAGAUGAAGUGGCACAAGGUGACUUGUUGUGGAGAUGCUCCUAAACUUGUUGGACAUUCUAUGGUUGGAAUUGGUGACAACAUUUUCAUUUUUGGUGGUGGUGUGGCAAACAGAUUUUGCAAUACUUUCUGGGAAGUAAAGUUUUAA